AUGCUCGACGCAAGCACCGAAUCGUCGGUAUCUCUACGGAUAUUGAAAGUUGAUGGUGAGACAGAGGAGGCCAAGAUGGAGGGCCCAAGUCCCCAUCUCCAAAAUGAGCGCGUAGAGUUGGGUGUUAAUUGGACGCCAGCCCCGAGGGCGGCGAGGGUGAGGGACGAUUGGAGGAGGGUGAUGGUGUGUUAUGGGAAAGAAUUAGAGAGGGAGAGGGAGAGGGCAGUGGAGAGACCGCCUAUGCCGGCGCCGAUUAUGAGGAUUUCCAUACCUGAGAGGCUUGUUGAGCAGGUUCGGGGUAAAACGUAG